AUGUUUGAUUUGGGUUUGAGGUUUGAGUAUUUCCAAAACCUCACAGCUCUUAAAGAGUACAUUCAGUUCCUUGACAAUGAAUUUGAUCUUGUCAUGAUUAUGGACUACUUUGAUGAGUCGCUGCUGUUAAUGAAGAGAUUGCUAUGUUGGAAGAUAGAGGACAUUUUGUACGUAAAGCUCAAUGAGCGACAAGACAAGGAAAAAGCUACUCGUUUAAGUGCAAGAGUUAAAGAAAAUAUAAGGCGAUGGAAUAAAGCAGACGUUUUGUUAUUCGAUUAUUUUAACGCAACGUUUUGGAGAAGAGUAAAGAAAGAAGGACCAAGCUUUUAUGAGGAACUGAGUACUUUUCGUCAGAGAAAACAGGAAAUACAGCAAUUAUGCUUGAUCAAUGGUACUCGAAUCCAAAGAGCUUAUCAUAACAAAUUUGUAAAGGGCUAUUCAAUUAGAAAUGAUCUUGAUGAAAAUUCAAAGCGCCUCUGUGAAAACUUAGUCAGAACGGAGAAUGAUUUCCUCGCACAUCUCAGGAGAAAACGUAUGGCGAAACUAAGAGAAACUGGGAUUGACAAGCAUGACAAAAUUAAAAACGAAGGUGAAUGGCACGUGGCAAAGGAUUUGCGAUAUGUUCCUCUUCGAGCUCGUCGAAUAAUGCGUAAAAGAUUUAGGCCACCUUAA